UACGCAAGCGCAGUUACAUAACCUCCCUUUGUUUAUAAACAAAAAAUCUUCUAAAAAAAUAUCAAAACAGAAGUUAGGGGUACAAAUCUCCAAAAAAUGGAUAGACAGACAACCCCCAAUAGCUCCGGUUUUGUUUACUUCAACACGAGUACAAAUCAAGAAUAUCCCAACAAUUCAGAUACGUCCGACUUUUUGGCCUUUAGUGACUCCCCACAAGCGUCUCCUCCAACCAGCAAGUUCAAACCGCAUUAUUACAGUAGCCCCCAAAAAUUUCACAGAGGGAGUCCCAGACAGUACCCCCAGAAUAAUAGGAGGUAUCAGAGGUGGUCGGGGGGCUAUAAUCGGUCUUAUAACAGCUCACACAACUCCAGUGGAUCAUUUAGAGAGAGUGACCAAGAGGGCACAAAUAUUCUUAAAUUCAUACAUCCAUCGUUCUUGGAGGACCCAUGGGCCCCCUUGGAGGCCAAAUUGAAGGAAAAAGCGGAAAAUAAUAGCGAAUUUAACGAUUCGUCAGGAUCAGUGUCUCAAGAGGCUUGAUUAGGAUUUGGGGGAAAAGUCAAUUCAAGUACAAAUGUGCAAAUUUAAUUAAUUUUUAUUAAAUUAAGACAAUUUUAAUUAUAAGAUUUAAAAAUGUUGAUAAUUUAUUAAAAAAAAAUAGUUUUUAUACAGUUUCCUCUAU